GGUCGAUUAUCUACUUGGGGCGUACGUGAGCGUCCUCUUCCACCGUCACGUUAUGAAGGGAACGAGGAAGUACAAAAACCUAGCGAGGAGGAAAUCCCUGUGAAGUGGCUGGUAGUCUGAGCUCGACUGUCACUUGAACACUGUUACUUCGCGGUUACUGAACCACUGAGCACCAUGGCUGAGUAAGUUCUUCAAUGGCUUUUUUACUUGUUUGUAUUUUUUAUAAAGCAGAAAUGUUGCUGCUAAAUUGCGUUGUUUUAUCUGCGCACUUUUUUGAGAUAGUUUUUCCGAUCAUGAUCUUGAUCAGAUGAGCUGCUACUUUGUUACUCCACCCUUCUCUGCUGAAUUGAAAAUACACGUGAAUUGACAAUAAAGUGCAUAUUUAACGUUAUAUGUCGCAGGUUUUCCUCUUUAUCUGAGGGCACCGUGAGCCUUUAAAGUUGUGUCAUGGCAGAGAGGCUUUUACACCCGAGUUUCACUUCCUUACAAUAAAAGAUUAAAAUCAUUACUUCAAGCUCAAUGUUCAAAGUAUAUAAGUUGCAGACAGUAUAGAAGAUGUAUAAAACAAAUGAAAGUGGAAAUUGUGGUCCCUGCUGACUCUCAUGUUGUAUCCAGGCCCCCAUCAGUCUCUCAGUCAUGUUACUCUCUCUCUCCUCACAGAGCAGACAUUGCACUGAUUGGUUUGGCUGUCAUGGGCCAAAACCUCAUCAUGAACAUGAAUGACCACGGCUUUGUGGUAAGAUGAAGACUAUUAUGUCUGUGUAUUUCCUCCCAGUAGUAAAACUUGUUAGGCAGACCUCUAUUAUUUCACUCAGUAAUUACCAAACCCCCUCAACAGGUCUGUGCCUACAACCGCACUGUGUCCAAGGUGCACGACUUCCUGAAGAACGAGGCAAAGGGUUCCAAGGUGAUCGGGGCUGAGUCUCUUGAGGACAUGGUGUCCAAGCUCAAGAAGCCCAGGAGGAUCAUCCUGCUGGUCAAGGCUGGACAGGCUGUGGAUGACUUUAUUGACAAGCUGGUGGGUACAAUGUGUAUUGAGCAGCAACUCUCUGUGCUUCUUCAUCAAACCAGCUGGCUUUACCCUGUGUGUAUUUUCCCUCAGGUUCCUCUUCUUGAUGCUGGAGAUAUUAUCAUCGAUGGUGGCAACUCUGAAUACAGAGACACAACAGUAAGUCACUGAAAAACAACAGUUUUGAGGUGAAUCCUUUCUAAUGUCAGACAAUUUCCUCACAGCUCUUUUUAUUUCUGCUUUUUAGCGGCGGUGUAGGAGCCUAAAAGAGAAGGGCCUGCUGUUUGUUGGUAGUGGAGUCAGUGGUGGAGAGGAAGGAGCACGUUAUGGACCCUCACUCAUGCCAGGAGGACACAAAGAGGCCUGGUGAGUUUUGUGUCACACUGCAUGACCACUCACAUAUUCUGAUACUCAAAAGUAGUUCUCAGUGUAAGUUUAUGAAUGGAUACACUUGUUGCUUUAUUACUUAGGCCACACAUAAAAGAGAUCUUCCAGAGCAUUGCUGCGAAGGUUGGAACAGGAGAACCUUGUUGUGACUGGGUGAGUUUUAUACUAUUUGUACUGUGUAUAUCAUGUUUAAUAUGCUGAUUGGAUGGUUAUCACAUUUAUUAUCAUGUCUAUUUCUGAAUUUGUUUGCAGGUUGGAGAUGAGGGUGCUGGUCAUUUUGUGAAAAUGGUCCAUAAUGGCAUUGAGUACGGUGACAUGCAGCUGAUUUGUGAGGCCUACCACCUGAUGAAGGAUGUUCUGGGUAUGGACCACGAUGAGAUGGCUCAGGUAAGAAAUCCUUCUUUGUAUUUUUGGUGUCAGUCUAAUACUGUUUGAUCAAAUUAGCAGACAUUUUCAUAACAAUAUGUUCAUAACAGGCUUUCGAUAACUGGAACAAGACAGAGCUGGACUCCUUCCUAAUCGAGAUCACAGCAAACAUCCUUAAAUACAGGGACUCUGAUGGCAAACAUCUUCUGCCCAAAAUCCGAGACAGUGCUGGACAGAAAGGCACAGGGAAGUGGACGGCUAUCUCAGCCCUGGAGUAUGGCACACCUGUUACUUUGAUCGGUAAGAGGAAGAGAAAAGGCUGUAGACGAGGAAGUGUCUGAUUUCCUUCUCUUUGCUUUCUGUAAGCUUUGUUUGUCACAGUGACUAAAGGUGGCGUGUCGCACCUGUUUGGAUUUCAUCAUGACUUUGAGGAAACGGCAGUAGGCUACAUGAUUACAGUAUGCUGGGCUUAAUGUUUAUAGUCUUACCUGUUAGCUGACACGGUGCGGCAAGUGAGCUUUUUCUAAGGAACGUGAUCAAUAUGUUGGUGCCUCUAAGAAGAUUGAAGGCUUUUCCCAGGGGCUGCUCAUCUCAAGUGACAUAAGGGGGGAUUUGUGAUCUCCCUUCAGCUUCAGUCUUACGAAUGAUAGGCGGUUUCAUGAACAGAAAAGACAGUACUGGGGUCAGAAAGGAGGAUUAAUAAUCAAGGGAAAAAGUGAUGUAAUAUCAGCUGAGCAGAGUGGGCCCGCCCCUGCACAGACUGAUUUUAGAGUGCAUUAAAUACAUCAUAAACAAAGCAAAGUUUAAUCCAGUCAAUAAAUAGUAGAUAUUUAAAUAUCCAGUGGAUAUUUUUUGGCAAUCCCUCUUGCCAUAAUUCAGAUUAGAGGUCUUUUGAGUUAAAAGUAUGGGCUUGCUGAAUCCUUAUCAGUGCAGCAGAUCCUCUUGUUAUAUGUAGAGAUAAAGGCAGUACAAAAGACUUCAUUGUGACUGAGCUGCUGAGCCAGUCUGUAUGGAGCAGGCUGACAGGCCCCUACAGCGUUCAUGGGUGGAUUUCUGCCACCUUACACAGAUCACAUUCCACACCAGUAUAGUUUAAUCACCAGGUGUAUUUUCCUUCAGUCCCUGUGUGUCUCCUGUCCCUCUGUCUGCGAGUAACUGUUAAGAUUUUUGCAAGUCAUGCUUACUCAACAGUUUUACCAGUAUCUCAACAUAUGGGGGGAAGUGUUGUUAUAAUGUGGGAUUAAAAUCUGUUUUGUUGUUGCAACCGGUAGUCUUAGCUCUUUAUACUGAGUACCAGUGACAAGCCUUGUUUUUAUGACAGUAUUAUUGUAAGUGCUGAGUCAUACAGAUCCUUGGUCAUGGUCUGUAUGCUGGCAUUGUGUUUCUGAAGCUAAGUGUCACGUAUGUAAUGCUUUGUCAUGAGAGGUGGCAUGAUAUGUAUUAUUACAGGUCUUUAGGCUCCUCUUGUUUCCAGAGGUCUUUGUUUUUGUGUGACGCUCCAAAAGUAUCACGUGAUCAGAGAGCUUAACCUGGAUCUCCCUCUCUUUUCCUCAUUUUCUCUCUCCCGCUGUGUCUCAGGGGAGGCUGUCUUUGCCAGAUGCCUGUCCUCUCUGAAGGAUGAGAGAGUGGAGGCCAGCCGCAGCCUGUCAGGGCCUCAGGGGGUCAAAUUCAGCGGUGACAAGGCUGGUUUCCUGGAGGACAUAAGAAAGGUAAAACACAGAGUAAAGCACAUUUCAUAGGUACAGCUAAUUGAAGCUGAUAAUAAUUUUUCAUAUAACAGAGCUGUAACACCUCUUAGCUUUCUGAGGAUUAUGUUACCAGGAUGAUACCCAAUCAUUCUGCUAACCAAGAAAUUCAGCUGCCUCUGAUUUUUAAUACAUUUUAAUGGAGUUGGAUUUUUUUCAAAAUUGUGUGUUUUUUUUUUAUUUAACCUAUUGUUAUGUUUCUCCAUUCAGGCUCUCUAUGCCUCUAAGAUCAUUUCAUACGCCCAGGGCUUCAUGCUUCUGCGGCAGGCAGCCAAAGAGUUUGGGUGGUCCCUCAACUACGGUGCAAUCGCCCUGAUGUGGAGAGGAGGCUGCAUCAUUCGAAGGUACAUUCAACUUCAUGUGCUCUCAUAUGGAAAGUUUGCCUUGUGCAACUUGGUUUCAACAGUUGCCUUUCACACUGAUGGUGAAAACUGGUGGUUACACAGUUUAACAAAGAGGCUUGAGAAAAGCAGAAUAAAAUGGAGAAGUAUUUUGAUGAUGUGGUUUUUACUUUUAGGGUUUUGGAAGGUUAAAGAUAAUUUAGUUGUGUGCCUUAAAGACACUUAUAAUGUCAAGUUUUUCCAUUCAUUUUUCUAUUCCUGGAGUGAAAAUUCCAGAUUGAUGAAAAUGUGAUCUUUCUUACGCAAUCACAAUGAGACGAGAAUGAGGAAAUGGUGUUUGUGAGACUGCUUUACUUUGUGUAAUCUUGGAGACAUUGCAUAAACCUAAAUGAAGCGUAACAUCCAGCAUGAAUGUCAAUGUUUAGCUACCAUUCAGCCUGAUCAUGAUUCAUGUUUGAUGAAAACUCAGUCAUGGUAUUUUGCUGUAAACAGAUCCUUUCCUUGUUCUUCUUUAACACUGUUGGAUAACCCUCCCCUCUGCUUUCCACACCAGUGUCUUCCUGGGUAAAAUCAAAGAGGCAUUUGACAGAGACGCGGAGCUGCAGAACUUGCUGCUGGACUCUUUCUUCAGUAAUGCUGUGCAGGACUGUCAGGUAUGAGGAAGGAGGAAGUGGCAGAAGAACAAUCUGCAAUACCCACAUUGACAAAGACCAACCAAAAAAAAAAAACAAGUUAUUUCCCCUCUCACAAACAAAGGAAUAGACCUGGCCACUUGUUGACUCCAUCAUCAGCUGUGUGAGAAGCUGUUUUGGGGGGGGAAGUACUGUUGGAUUUUAGGGACACGUCAGUUUAUCAGUUAAUGAUCCUCUUUAGCCAAUAUUUGCCCACAUAAUGUUGGCCUGUUGCCAACAAAUAUGGCAUGCACCAGUGUCUGUGUCAGUCAGUGUUGUGCCUAAAGUAGCCAGGCUUUUGGGGCUUUAAGUCACAGUCUCCUUUCAAGAUCUUAGCAGAUCUUCUUGGUGUUACACUGACAUACGAACCUGGGACCCACAACAGUCUAACACAGUACAGUAUAACUAAACCUGAUGAGGGAGAGUCUUGUUCAAACCAGCUAAAUUUAGUUUCAAUGAAAUGAAUGACUCUGUGAAGACUUCUGGUUCUUGGCAUCACAUAUGAACAUAUUCUAUUAAUGUCUUAACUGCAUUAACUUAAAACGAUAGUGAUGUGUACUCUUUUUUUCUUUGUGUUUAGGAGUCAUGGCGCAGAACAGUGAGCACUGGAGUCCAACAUGGCAUCCCCAUGCCAUGUUUCACCACAGCGCUGUCCUUCUAUGACGGCUACAGGCAUGAUAUGCUGCCAGCCAACCUCCUCCAGGUAAGAUGAGAUCUGAUGCUGCAGAGUAGAGCCUGCUGAGCAUAUGGUCUUUGUGUGAAGACAUGUCAGUUUAUAAAGACCACAUGGAGUUGUGUGUGUGUGCUCAUGUUUGUAGCUACUUCAAUCACCGGUCUUUGGAUUUAUCUUUAAUCUUUUUGAACAUCAGAAAGAUAUUAAGUUGAGUCGGAUUUUCAGAUUGGCAUAACUAGCAUUUUCAUGAUCAAUAGAUUCAACAGUGGUAAAAAAAAUGAAUAUAAACUGUGUUUUUAUUGAAUGUUCUAUGAUGAUUGAUUCUGUUUUGUUUUGGAUUUUAGGCUCAAAGGGAUUACUUUGGAGCACACACAUAUGAGCUGCUGUCAAACCCCGGUAAAUACAUCCACACCAACUGGACAGGCCAUGGUGGAAAUGUCUCCUCUUCAUCCUACAAUGCUUAAGGACCAUCUUUCCAUCAAUCAAAAACAUACACAAGAUGGAAAGCUACUGUGAAGAGGACAUUUUACACAUUCCACAUACACACAACCAUCUUAAUCCAACUUUUCACUCUUAACAGGAAUCUAUUGCUGCAGUCUUAUUUAUCAAGAAUUGGAAUUCUAGAUUAUGUGUGCUGUAAAAGCUUCCCCCUGUGUGUUUUGGUGCAACUUUUCUUAAAAAACUCCACCUAGAUUCUUUUGUUAUUAUACUGGCAACCAGGCUAAUGUUUAUCAGUCAUGUUGGGCGCAGGAUUCAAGGUGUUAACACUGGAUUAGGGUGAACUGUUGCACUGUACUGUAUUAGGCUAAAUAAAGAUUUCAAUCCCUUUAUAAUUAGCUUGUGUGUGUUGUGCUGUAAACAGGAUUGAGGUGUGUUUGUGUGUAGUGCUAAAUUUGGCAACAAGUGACAGACGUUACCUUAUAAAUACACACAGGAAAUUUAGUUCAAAGACCCGUCUGGUCUAAGACAGGAUGACAUCAAACAAAGUGGCUGCACUGAACUAAAAGGCUGCUUGACACCAUAACCUUGCACUUAAACACAUAUGAACAUGAAUUAAACCAAUGACAAUGACUGUUCAUCUGUUUUUUUUCUUUUCUUACCUAUCUCAGUGUCUAGUCUUGUACACAGCAGCU